CUGCAAACCCGCGGCUAAACACUCAGGGAAGUUUUGCAGCCGAAACAUUCGCCCGGUAGACUAUUGAUUAAGUAGCUUGACCUCUCGCUGAAACGGUGUCCGCGCUACGGUGCCAUCUCGUCUGAAACGGUAACACAUUUUCCCGGAAUAUUGACAACUUCUUUUCUACAAUUUAUAGUUUGAAAGCAAGACAUAAUCGAAAUUGCUUUUUAUUUUAAUCUGGUAUACUGUGAGACCAUUUGAAAUCGUAAGUUAAACAAACAACUGUGACCCAAAGAAGACGCUGCAUUGCUUUCGUGAUUCAUAACAGAGGGUCUUCCUCUGAGUUGCCAUGGUGACCUCACCUAGAAGCAGCCAAGCCUCACUGGAUUUGGACGGGUCAUAGAUAAAACAGCAGGCAGGAUGAAGACGAGGCUGCUGGGGAUGAAGACGAGGCUGCUGGGGGCGGGCCUGCUGCUCACCUGUUCUCUGGUCCUCUUCGCUACGCCAGUGUCCACCGGCAACCGCAGUGCCGUGGGAGCAUCAGGUCUGUCCCAGGUGAAACCCGGGACCUGUGAGGUGGUGGCCGCCCACCGCUGCUGCAACAGGAACAAGAUGGAGGAACGCUCGCAGACGGUCAAGUGCUCCUGCCUACCUGGCCACGUGGCAGGGACCACACUCGCCCAGCCCUCCUGCGUGGAAGCCUCCAUCGUGCGUCAGAAGUGGUGGUGCAAGAUGAGACCCUGUCUGGAUGGCGAGGAGUGUCGUGUGCUGCCCGAUCUCACCGGCUGGUCCUGCAUCUUUGGGAACAAGGUCAAAACCACCAAGGUGACGCGUUAACAGGAGUGGCGUGUGGCGUUAACAGGAGUGGCGUUAACAGGAGUGGCGGGGCGCUGAAGAGACACUGAGUUGGAUGGACGUUCUGGACGCACAGUCGGCUUAGAAACACAAGGACACACAACACACUGGACCAUGAGUCCAUUACAGACGGUUAAACUCAUCACAACACACUUAUGAGGCCAUUACAGACGGUUAAACUCAUCACAACACACUGGACCAUGAGGCCAUUACAGACAGUUAAACUCGUCACAACACACUCCAAUCAGUGAGGACAUCUGAAAGCCAUAUGUGGGACUAUGAGGUAAUUUCCUGAUGGCACUUAUGACAUCAUGUUGACUCUUGCUGUUGAGAGCUUGUGUGACGAGCCUGAGGAACAGACGCAAUGCCCUUUAUUCAACAAAAUCAUCAGGAAACUGGACUGAUAUGUUUGCUAAUAUUGUAGCAUUGUUGAUUUGGGGUCAGAGUGGUGCAAAUGAAGCCCAUGAGCAAUGGCACAGUGUCUGGUAAACGCUGUGUUACUAACGUCUCUAAAUAAACAGGUCUUUUUUCAGUAGUAAA